UCAAAUAAUUAUAGUGACAUGUAAAACAAAUCUCCAAUUUUUGUGCAAUGAAAUUGAAUUUAUAUUAGCAGACGGAACUUUUACUUAUUGCCCAAAACAUUUUUAUCAACAAUAUACCAUCCACGGUGUUUGUAAACAAUAUUACGUACCACUUGUUUUUUGUUUUUUGCCAUCAAAAACCAAAGAUAUUUAUAAACAAAUGUGGGAAACAUUAAAAGAUUUAUGUUUAAAUAAUGCCAAUAGUGUAUUCCAGCCUUCUCUCUUACUAUUAGAUUUUGAACUCGGUGCUCACAUUGCUGCUAAAGAAGUAUUUCCUUUAAUUAUUAUUAAAGCCUGUCGUUUCCAUCUUGGUCAAGCAUGGUACAGAAAAAUCAGUUCCAUUCCAAUAUUAAAAAAAAACUACGACGAUAAAAAUUCACAAUCUGGACUAUGGUUAAAACUUUUUUUUGGUUUGCCUAAUUUACCAUCACAUAUGAUUUCUGAGGCGUUUAUUGAGAUAAUGGCUACUUGUCCAGAAGAAAAACAAUAUUACGAUUUUGCUGAUUACAUAUUGGAUAAUUAUAUUGAGACCAAUCAUUUUUCACCAAUAUUGUGGGCAGAAGAGCCCAAUAAAAGUACAAGAACGACUAACGGUGCAGAAAGUUACCAUAGUCAACUUGGGCAUGAAUUUUAUGUUCCACGUUCUACUAUAUUUAAUUUGAUAGAUGUGUUAAAACAACAACAGAUAAUUACUGAAACCAAAUUUCGACUCAUACGAAAUGGCAACGUGAACCGUACACGCAAAGUAUGCUGCAGGGAGAGAGAAAAAUCUAUUUUAAAGUAUAUGAUCGUUUCAUUAACAACGAGAUUAGCUUGA